GGCAGUUCCCCCGGCCCGAGAGAGCGAGCGCGGCUGCGGGCGCGCGGGGAGCAGAGGCGGUGGCGGGCGGGCGGCGGCAUCGGGAGCCGCCGAGUCGCCCCUCCCCGCCCCUCCGGCCCCCCAGCCACCCACCCGCCCGUGGCCCGCGCCCAUGGCCGCGCGCGCCCCGCGCAGCCCCCAGGACUCCGCGCCCAGCGCCGCCGCCCAGUCCGCAGCUCCGCGCCACCGCGGCCAUUCUCACCUGGCGGCGCCACCCGCCCACCUCUCCGGCCACGGCCCCUGCGCCCACGGCGACAGCCGCAGCCACCGCGACAGCGGUGGGGGACGCUGCUGAGUCCAAGAGAGGGCAGCCUGGCCACCGGACCUACUUACUCGCCUUGCUGAUUGUCUAUUUUUAUAAGAGUUUACAACUUUUUCUAAGAACUUUUGUAUACAAAGGAACUUUUUUUUAAAAUAAAAAAAGAGACGUCUUCAAUUUAUAUUUAAUCGGAAGAAGAAGCAUCUCGGGCAAUUCGGGUUUUUUUGGGUUUUUUUUUUUUUUGGCUUCGUUUUUUAAGGUUUUAUUUCUCACCCCUCUUCGCCGGCUUUGGGGUUCGGGUACCCUCGCUGCUUCGGGCUCCCAAGGACCGUCUGGGCCCCCACAUUAAUGAGGCAGCCACCUGGCGAGUCUGACAUGGCUGUCAGUGACGCCCUACUCCCGUCCUUCUCCACGUUCGCGUCCGGCCCAGCGGGAAGGGAGAAGACACUGCGUCCAGCAGGUGCCCCGAAUAACCGCUGGCGGGAGGAGCUCUCCCACAUGAAGCGACUUCCCCCGGUGCUUCCCGGCCGCCCCUACGAUCUGGCGGCGGCGACUGUGGCCACAGACCUGGAGAGCGGCGGAGCCGGAACGACUUGCGGCGGCAGCAACCCGGCGCUCCUACCCCGGAGGGAGACCGAGGAGUUCAAUGAUCUCCUGGACCUAGACUUUAUUCUCUCCAACUCGCUGUCCCACCAGGAGUCUGUGGCAGCCACCGUGUCCUCCUCGGCGUCUGCCUCAUCCUCGUCUUCCCCGUCGAGCAGCGGCCCUGCCAGCGCGCCCUCCACCUGCAGCUUCAGCUACCCCAUCCGGGCUGGGGGCGACCCGGGCGUGGCGCAGGGCGGCGCAGGCGGUGGCCUGCUCUAUGGCCGGGAGUCCGCGCCUCCUCCCACGGCUCCCUUCAACCUGGCGGACAUCAACGACGUGAGCCCUACGGGCGGCUUCGUGGCCGAGCUCCUGCGGCCCGAAUUGGACCCCGUGUACAUCCCGCCGCAGCAACCGCAGCCGCCAGGUGGCGGGCUGAUGGGCAAGUUUGUGUUGAAGGCGUCGCUGAGCGCCCCCGGCAGCGAGUACGGCAGCCCGUCGGUCAUCAGUGUUAGCAAAGGCAGCCCUGACGGUAGCCACCCGGUGGUGGUGACGCCCUACAGCGGCGGACCCCCACGCAUGUGCCCCAAGAUCAAGCAGGAGGCCGUUUCUUCGUGCACCGUCGGCCGGCCACUAGAGGCCCACUUGGGCGCUGGACCCCCUCUGAGCAACGGCCACCGGCCCACUGCACACGACUUCCCCUUGGGGCGGCAGCUCCCCAGCAGGACUACCCCGACCCUGGGUCCCGAGGAACUGCUGAACGCCAGGGACUGUCACCCUGCCUUGUCGCUUCCCCCGGGCUUCCAUCCCCACACUGGGCCCAACUACCCACCCUUCCUGCCCGACCAGAUGCAGCCGCAGGUCCCGCCACUCCAUUACCAAGGUGAGUGUGGGGCACGUGGAGCUGGGGCUGGGGAACCCCACGUGAGGCCGUGCUGGCCCUCGGGGGGCAGGGUACCUGGCAUGGUGUUGACCCCACCUUCUUCACCCCUAGAGCUCAUGCCACCUGGUUCCUGUUUGCCGGAGGAGCCCAAGCCCAAGCGGGGAAGGAGGUCGUGGCCACGGAAAAGGACGGCCACCCACACCUGUGAUUACGCGGGUUGCGGCAAAACCUACACAAAGAGUUCUCAUCUCAAGGCGCACCUGCGAACCCACACAGGUGAGAAACCGUACCACUGUGACUGGGAUGGCUGUGGGUGGAAGUUUGCCCGCUCCGAUGAACUGACCAGGCACUACCGCAAACACACUGGGCAUCGCCCAUUCCAGUGCCAGAAGUGCGACCGGGCCUUCUCCAGGUCGGACCACCUCGCCUUACAUAUGAAGAGGCACUUUUAAAAUUCCAGACAGUGGACAGAACCCACACUGCCAGAAGAGAGUUCAGUAUUUUUCGCCUUUCACACUGUCUCCCCGAGGAGGCGGGAGCACAGCCGGAAAGCACUACAGUCAUGGUGGAGUUGCCAGUGAGUCAAUUUGUGAACCCAUAAUCAGGAGAAAGGAGGAAUCCGAAAGACACGAAUCAAAAGAACAUUUGGGGUCUGUGACUGGAUCUUCUAUCAUUCCAAUUCUCAAAUCCAACUUGAAUAUUCCUGGACUUAAACAAGAAAUGCCAAGGGGGGGUCACUGGAAGUUGUGGAUAUCAGGGUAUAAAUUAGAUCCAUGAGUUGGGGGGGCGGGGGAGGGAAGACCAGAAUUCCCUUGAAUUGUGUUUUGAUGCAAUAUAAGUAUAAAGAUCGCCUUGUAUUCUGUUUGCCUUCUAAAAGCCAUUAUGACCACGUUAGAAGAGGAGGAAAUUCAGGUACAAAAAAAAAAAAUGUGUGUCAAUAGCCUAAAUGAUGGUGCUUGGUAAGUCUUGGUUGUAAAGGUACCAAAUGAGGAAGCCAAAGUUCUCGAACUGCUGCAUAUCUUUGACAAGGAAAAUCUAGUUUUUGUCUUCCGAUCUACGUUUAUGACCUAAGUCAGGUAAAUAGACCUGGUUUACUUUUAACAUUUUGAUGCAGACAGUCUGUUAUGCACUGUGGUUUCAGAUGUGCAAUAAUUUGUACAAUGGUUUAUUCCCAAGGAUGCCUUAAGCAGAACAAAUGUGUUUUUUUUUUCUAUAUAGUUCCUUGCCUUAAUAAAUAUGUAAUAUAAAUUUAAGCAAACUUCUAUUUUGUAUAUUUGUAAACUACAAAGUUAAAAAUGAACAUUUUGUGGAGUUUGUAUUUUGCAUACUCAAGGUGAGAAUUAAGUUUUAAAUAAACCUAUAAUAUUUUAUCUGAA